CUCAUUACAAGUAAGAAUAAGAACAAGAGAUAUAUAAAGAUGAGACCUUUAUCAGAAGAUGAAACAAAAGCUGUUUUCGAGAAACUCGCAAAUUACAUCGGCAAAAACUUGGUUCAUCUCAUAGAUAGACCAGAAGAUGACGCUCAUGUUUUCCGAUUACAUAAAGAUAGGGUUUAUUAUUUACCUUUACCAAUGUUACAUUACGCCACGAGUAUAGCCAGACCUAAUUUGGUCAGUUUGGGUACUUGUAUGGGGAAAUUCAGUAAGACUGGGAAAUUCAAAUUGGGUGUUACUUCUUUGGAUUGGUUAGCUAGGUAUGCGAAACAUAAGUUGAUAUGGAUAAAACCCGCUGGAGAACUCCCAUUCUUAUAUGGAAACCAUAUCGUCAAAGCUCAUUUAGGACGGAUAACAGAGGAUACACCGGAACAUCAAGGUGUUGUAGUGUAUAAUAUGGCUGAUGUGCCAUUGGGCUUCGGAGUCACCGCCAGGUCCACAUUGGACACUCGGAAAUUGGAUCCAUCAGGAAUCAUAGUUUUUCAUCAAGCUGAUGUUGGGGAAUUUCUUCGAGAUGAGGAUACUAUGUUUUGAAGAUACCUCCUCCAUUCUAUAUAGUGUAUCUCCUUCUCUCGUUUCAUCGAAUCCUAGUCGUACUUUCCCCUCUGACAGCCAUCUUCUGCUCCUUCAUCCUUCCACUCACCUGCAACUCUGCCUCUCUUCGUCAAAACCUUUGCCCGCUUCCUCCGAUCCUCCUCCAUUUCAAUAAACCACUUCACGUUCAUAGCAUGAUAUGAUAUGUAUGUAACGUACUUCCGU